AGUCUCAACACAAACGGCAAAGACUAAAUAAAAGAACUGCAUAAAUUGUUUUUAUAUUUCUUACAAAAUAAUCUAGUAAAUAUUAUAAAUCAAUAACUAUACAAGCAUAAAAACACACUAUGGAUGAUAAGGAAGAGAAUCAAUUCAUUGUUGAUGAUGUCAGUAAAAUCAUCAAGGAAUCUAUCGAAACAACAAUAGGCGGAAAUUCUUAUCAACAUGAUAAGGUCAAUAAUUGGACAGGAGCUGUAGUUGAGAACUGUUUAAGUGUUCUCACAAAGCAACAAAAGCCUUAUAAGUAUAUUGUUACCUGUAUGAUAAUGCAGAAAAAUGGCGCAGGAUUACAUACAGCAAGUUCUUGCUACUGGAACAAUGACACGGACGGGUCGUGUACGGUGCGUUGGGAGAACAAAUCCAUGUAUUGCAUAUGCAGUGUUUUUGGUCUUGCUAUUUAAAUAUUGCAAAAUAUUUAAACUCUACGAAACAACAGAAGUCACUCGAAUUAAUUGAUCGUAUUCCUCUCCAAAAUCACUUAGUUGUUACGAUGCGGACAACAGUCAGCAUAGAGCUAUUAAAUCUUAAUAAUCAAUUUAAGGAAAGUCAUUUUAUGCCUUUUUUCUACAUAUUUCUCUUAACUUUUUUUCUCUUUAAUUUUCAUUAUAAAUAUUUUUUCAAUUAGAUAUUUCAAUAAUAAUUAAUUUUAUAUAAAAAGUAAUGAAUAAAAAUAUAAUAAUUUGUGAGAUGC